AAGCAGAGGAGGCGGCGGCGGCGGCAACAACCAGCCACCGCGUCUCCGUCGCCGGCCGCCAUCGCCAACUCCGCAAGAGAAGCUGGAAUUACUUGCUGGAGCAAGGUCUGUUGUCUUUGUGUGUAAGCCAUGUCCGGGACCCCAGGUUGGGCAGACCUCCCAGAAGGCCUGCUGCACUCUAUCAUCGCUAGGAUGGGCCUGGGCUCUGCCCCAGAUCUUCUCGCAUUUGCUGCCACCUGCCGUUCUUGGGGUACUGCUUUUGCCGGCUCCAUAGCAACAUUCCCACCUCUCCUUCUCCAACCUGAUGUCUCUUCUUCACCUCCUAAUGCUAGCCCCUUUAGCAACAACCUGGUGCCCAAUCGUCCAUAUCUUGUCACAGAUAUAGCCAAAGUCAACCAAGGUGCCAACCUUUGCUCUGAAAUUCCUCUACGUCUAGAAUGGUUUUCCUUCAUGGGGGCUUCCUUUGGCCAUCUCAUUUUGUUUAACAAAAAAUCUUGUAUCGUUGUUGAUGUGUCUAGAGGUGUUAGCGUCUCACCUCCACAACUACCACUUGUUGAAUGUGCUGAGCCCAACUAUGGUGCCCUUACUGCUCCUCUCACAUCACCCAACUCUCAUCUCAUUAUCGAGGCUGGACCUCAUAAUCUGUUUUGGCGUGUUGGUAGCGACUCGUGGGUGAGAUGUUCUACUCGUCAUGGACAUAUCAAGCAAAUCGUGGUCUUUAAAGGACGGGUGUUUGGCAUGGAUUCUGAUCGCAGAAUCUUCAAAGUGCACUUGACACCCCAGAUUAGCAUCCAAGAACUACCAGUCAUCGAGUCAAGCAUGAUCAGUAAACGGAAUCUUUCCAAUGCAUGGCUGGUGGCUUGUGGAGAUAUGCUUCUCUUGGUCGGCUGUCGGGGAUCUAUCGUAGUAUCAGGGGUAACCUUUGAAGUCUUUCGCCUUGACCUAUCGUUUGAGCCUGCAUUGUGGUUCAAGGUGGAGAAGCUAGAGCAUUGGGCUAUAUUCAUCAGCACGGACAAGAGAAGCCAGGCAUUGUCUUGCAUGAACCCGGAGAUAUGGGGAGGGCGGAGCAACUGCAUAUACUGCUAUAACCAUGAGUCUGAACGUUGGAUUGCACUUGAGCUGGGCAAACCGCUACAGGGAGAUGUCUUUAUUUUCAUGGGCUGUGACGGCAAGGUGCAACCUAUGUGGGUUGUCCCCAGCAUGCUCUCUCUGUGUCGGUGAUUAUCAUACAUGACUAAUAUAUCUUAUAUUGGAGCAGAUUCUAUUAUUGUAAGGAUGUGUCAGAAUCUAUCCACGUUUGGUAGUUGUCGAUCGUCGAAUUUCGUAACUUGUAGUAAUGCAUUAUGCUGGUCUCAACAGAUUCUAAAUUUCAGCAUGAUGGCCUUGAAUUAUUUCCUCA